GCGCCAGGUUUGCCGCAUGCGCAGUAGCGGGGGUAGGGUUGCCCUACGUCCCCUGACGUCCGGUUGACUGGGAGACAGCUGUGCCGGACGCCGCGAGGGACCUGUUGCUUCAUAACGCCUUUUGGGGGGUUAUCCCUGGAGUGUCUUUCGACCAACUCUGUCCCAGGCCUGUCCGCGUAAGACUGACCAUGGCUUCCGGUCACACGGUGCUGAUGCGGUUGGUAGCCUCAGCAUAUUCGAUAGCUCAGAAGGCAGGAACCAUAGUCAGACGUGUUAUCGCCGAAGGAGACCUGGGAAUUGUGGAGAAGACCAGUCCAACGGACCUGCAGACCAAAGCCGACCGACUGGCACAAAUGAGCAUCUGCUCCUCCCUGGCACGGAAAUUCCCCAAACUAACCAUCAUAGGGGAAGAGGACCUGCCUUCUGAGGAAGUGGAUCAGGAGCUGAUUGAAGAUGGGCAGUGGGAAGAAAUCCUCCGGAAGCCGUGCCCGUCGCAGUACAGCACGAUUAAAGAGGAAGAUCUCGUGGUCUGGGUCGAUCCUCUGGAUGGCACCAAGGAGUACACUGAAGGUCUUCUUGACAAUGUAACAGUCCUGAUUGGAAUUGCUUAUGAAGGGAAAGCCAUAGCGGGAGUUAUUAACCAGCCGUAUUACAACUACCAGAACAAUGAAAAGCAGAAGUUGAGGGAACGCAGGAAGGAAGCAAAGGCAGGGCCGGGUGCUGCUCUGGGAAGGACAAUCUGGGGAGUUCUAGGCUUGGGUGCCUUCGGGUUCCAGCUGAAAGAAGUGCCUGCUGGGAAGCACAUCAUCACCACCACCCGGUCCCACAGCAACAAGCUGGUCACCGACUGCGUCACCGCCAUGAACCCCGACGACGUGCUGCGAGUGGGCGGGGCGGGAAAUAAGAUCAUUCAGCUGAUUGAAGGCAAAGCCUCCGCUUACGUGUUUGCGAGUCCUGGCUGUAAGAAGUGGGACACUUGUGCUCCGGAAGUCAUUCUACACGCUGUGGGAGGCAAGUUAACCGACGUCCAUGGCAAUGCCCUUCAGUACGACAAGGAAGUGAAGCACAUGAACUCCGCUGGGGUCCUGGCCUCGCUGAGGAACCAUGACUACUACGCCAGCCGCGUUCCCGAAUCUGUUAAAAAAGCACUCGUCCCCUAAGCCAGUCAGGUGGCCUUAGCUAGGGGGACAGCUGCAGGAGGAGAGGGAGGAGAGAGGACCACGUUCCCGAAGUCUCAGCCUUGGAUGAGGAUGUCCUUGAAGUUGAUCCUGACACUGAGAAAAUGCUGACGUUCGCGGACUCGGGCAGUCUGUCCAGCCUGCACGUCACUCAGCCUCCCGUUGGGAUGAAUUUCAAGACACCACGUGGAGCCGUUGGAGUCUGUCUGCUGUGCUGCAAUAUUAUCAAUAAACCACAGAGAACCUAAAAACAUGCACUCAUUCUUUAAGGGAACAUUUCAUUUACUUAGCUAGGAGGAGGACUUGCUUCUCAAAAUCAUACAGUUUAAGACUAAUGGGGUGUAAUCAGAGCGACCCCUUGACUUUAUUCUGCAUUGAUCAGUGAUCUGUUUUUAGGUACUUAGGAGUAGAAAAUAGAUUUUAAGAACUUGGUGAUUAAUUCAUCCACCAGACCAAUUUUAAAAUCUGGAGAAUCUGUAAAGUCUGUCUGUCACAUUUCUGUUCCUCCUUUUAUUGGGAGAAGUAAAAGAAAAGUUUAGUUCCAAUUGACUAUCCUUGUCAGUUGUUUAAUCAACAUUCCUAUUGUAUAAGCCAGAUUUUUUAGGCCACAGAAGCACAGGUUGUUACCUGAAUCUCAUUCUUGUUUUCACAGUAAUUUUUAAAAAUUUCCAGUUAUGAACAUACUGAAAUGUUGUUAUGUAUGUUGAUGAAACAGAUUUAUGGAAAAAUGGCUUCUUUAUAAUAAAUUAUUUCAUUCUAGCUG